AUGUAUCGAUUUACGACAGCCAUUUUCAAUCAAAGAAGUGAAAAGGUAUCAGCACAGGAAGUCAUCUUGCAGAAAAAUUCCCAGCCAUCUCUCAUCAUUUUUACGGUUGACAAACAAUUAGCUUUGGAUUCCUUGCUGCCAGACGGCAGUCUUACCAUUCAUUGUGAAGUUGAAUAUGCAGUUGGCAAAGAAAACGUGUCAGAUACAAACGAAGAUUGUCGAGGCCACCAGAUCGAAUGCAGCGAUCAAUUCUCAGCUAAUAUCGGAAAUUUAUUUAACAACGAAACGUUUAGUGACAUCACUUUCAAAGUCUUCGACCAGGAAUUUAAAGCGCACAAGAACAUUUUGGCCGCAAGAAGCAAAGUGUUCUCUGCAAUGUUCGAACAUCCGACGAAAAAACAGUCGUCAAAUAAGGUGGAAAUUGUGGAAAUUCUCUAUGAACCUGACGUGUUCGAGGAAGUUUUACGCUUCAUCUACACCGGUUUGGUGCCCUUGGACAAGAUGGAAAGCAUGGCCGAUUUACUCCUCGAAGCUGCCGACAAGUAUUCACUGGAAAAACUGAAAAUCGCGUGCGAAAAUCACGAGAUUCAUAACAUGGAUGCUGACGCUUGUUUUCGUCAUCUUACUUACACCAACCACAUCAAUCCAGAGGAAAGAUUGAAGAAAAGUGCCAUCCUUUACUUUCGUCGUUUCCCAGGUAAAGUCAUGGCGACCGACGGAUGGAAAAAUUAUAAAGAGUGGACCGAUGAUCCGGUUUGGACCCUUAUCCGAGAUAUCAUGGAGACGAUACAUCUUCCACAAGUUUAA